GUGUGCCCACACCACCACGUUGACCUGCGAUUCUGUGAGCUGAACUAAUCGCUGGUCUGAAUUUCUUAACAGCAACUGAACCGGCUUGCAGCAUCCCACUCCUCCAGCUCCACCAAGCUCCCCCCUUGUUCCUUGCCAGCUUCCUCUGAUGCCUCUCCUUCAUCACGUCCUUCUUGGCUUCAUCUUCCUCCUCUCCCUACACACUCCGGUGAGCUCUGCAGCCACGGACACUGUGUCACCUGCCUAUGCACUCGCCGGCAACAACAAGCUUGUCUCCAACAACAAGAAGUUUGCGCUCGGCUUCUUCAAGCCAGGCAAUGAGUCAUCCAACACCAACCACAACACUUACCUUGGCAUAUGGUUCAACAAGGUCACCAAGUUAACCCCACUGUGGACCGCCAAUGGCGAGAACCCGGUGGUGGACCCUGCUUCACCGGAGCUCACGAUCUCCGGUGACGGAAACUUGGCCAUCUUCGAUCAUGCCACCAAGUCCAUCAUAUGGUCUACCCGUGCCAACAUCACAGCCAAUGACACCAUCGCCGUGUUGCUGAACAACGGCAACCUUGUCCUACGAAGCUCAUCAAACUCAUCCAACAUAUUCUGGCAGAGCUUCGACUACCCAACAGAUACGCUUUUUGCUGGUGCGAAGAUCGGCUGGGACAAGGUCACGGGCCUGAACCGCCGUCUUGUUUCCAGGAAGAAUUCAAUUGAUCAGGCUCCUGGUAUAUACUCCUUGGAGUUAGGGCUCAAUGGUGAUGGUCAUCUGCUAUGGAACUCAACCAUAACGUAUUGGUCCAGUGGCGACUGGAAUGGCCGAUAUUUCGGCCUAGCGCCGGAGAUGAUUGGAGCUGUCAUGCCAAAUUUCACAUUUGUCCACAAUGACCAAGAGGCCUACUUCACAUACACUUUGUAUGAUGACACAGCGAUCGUGCACACUGGACUAGAUGUCUUUGGGAGAGGUUUGGUGGGUAUCUGGUUGGAAGGGAAACAAGACUGGUUGAUGAAUUACAGACAGCCAGUAGUUCAUUGCGAUGUGCACGCAAUCUGUGGACCUUUCACAAUCUGCGAUGACAACAAGGAUCCAUUCUGCGACUGUAUGAAAGGUUUCUCUGUAAGAUCACAGGAGGACUGGGAGCUUGAUGAUCGAACAGGAGGGUGCAUCAGGAAUACUCCAUUAAGUUGUGACAGUAGCAAGGACAGGACAGGUCUCACAGAUAAGUUCUACCCUGUGCAAAGCAUUGGACUGCCUCAUAAUGCUGAAAUUGUUCGGGCUGCUACCAGUGGAGAUGAAUGCUCACAGGUUUGCCUGAGCAACUGCUCCUGUACUGCAUAUUCCUAUGGGAAAGGUGGCUGCUCCAUUUGGCAUGAUGAUUUGUAUAAUGUAAAGCAACUAUCUGAUACUUCUGAUGGGAAUGAGGGAGUUCUUUACAUUCGCCUUGCUGCAAAAGAGUUGCAAAGUUCAGAAAGGAAAAGGAGUGCAAAAAUAAUUCGGGUAGCCAUUGGUGCGAGCAUUGGCGCUUUGUUUCUUAUGAUCCUUCUACUGAUAGUUUGGGUGAGAAAACGGAAAUGGUUUGCUCCAACACAGGAACAGCCUGAGUGUGGCAUUGGGAUCGUUGCAUUUCGAUAUAUUGAUUUGCAACGAGCAACUAAAAACUUUUCAGAGAAGUUGGGGGGAGGCAGUUUUGGUUCUGUAUUUAAGGGGUAUCUAAGCGACUCUACCAUAGCAGUGAAAAGGCUUGAUGGUGCCCGUCAAGGAGAGAAGCAAUUCAGGGCUGAAGUGAAUUCAAUUGGAAUCAUCCAACAUAUUAACUUAGUUAAACUGAUUGGGUUUUGUUGUGAAGGUGACAAUAGAUUACUUGUGUAUGAAUACAUGCAAAACCGCUCCCUUGAUGUGUGUUUAUUUGAGGCUAAUAAUAUAGUUUUGGAUUGGACUAUUAGAUACCAAAUAGCUAUGGGAGUUGCCAAAGGUCUUGCCUACUUGCAUAAUAGUUGCCGGGAUUGCAUCAUACAUUGUGAUAUCAAGCCGGAGAAUAUACUUCUUGAUGCAUCUUAUGUGCCUAAAAUUGCAGAUUUUGGAAUGGCAAAGAUUUUGGGGAGAGAAUUUAGCCGUGCUAUGACUACAAUGAGAGGAACCAUUGGAUAUAUGGCCCCUGAAUGGAUUAGUGGAACAGUUGUUACAUCCAAAGUAGAUGUUUAUAGCUAUGGGAUGGUUUUGUUUGAAAUCAUAUCAGGAAGGAGGAACUCAAGUCAUGAAUAUUUCAGAGAUGGUGAUUAUUCCUUCUUUUUCCCCAUGCAAGUUGCACGCAAGCUUCUCUAUGGAGAUAUUGGAAGUAUUGUGGACGCCAAUUUGAAAGGCGAUGUGAACCUAAUGGAGGUUGAAAGAGCUUGCAAAAUUGCAUGUUGGUGCAUUCAAGACAAUGAGUUUGAUCGACCAACAAUGGGUGAGGUGGUACAGUCCCUUGAGGGUUUACUUGAACUUGACAUGCCUCCAUUGCCAAGACUACUGAAUGCUAUCACAGGAGGCUCACAUCCAGUGACACCACAGUAUUUUGAUUCUAAAUCUGCAUGUUGAUUCACAAUUUCCAGUAGUCUAUCAGAACAUUAUAAUUCAUUUUGCAUUUUAAUAUAACUAGGCAUAACAUGUAAGAUCUCUAAGAGAUCAUGUCUUAUAUCAAAUAAACUCAGUACUGUAACAUGUAAAUUAAGAUCUCUGUAACCAAGAAGGAGAUCAUGCAAGCCUUACUAACAAAAUAAUACGUUGUGUCAUAUGUAAAAACUGUAGGUAUCAGUGUACCACCUACACUUGUCAUGUUGUCAAUUGAGAUGUUUUUGAAAAUGCAGGGGGCAUUGGCUUGUCAGUUGAGAGUGGA